GCCUGACUGUAAUUCGAGAGAAUGAAAGUGAACAGCUAGCCCCCUGGCUGGUAGCUUCGGCAAUGUUACUAUCAGAAUGAUAUCACAGCGGGACAGAGGAGAUCUUGCUCGGUUUUACACUGUCACGGAUCCCACAAGGCAUAAGGAAGGCUACACGGUGUACAAAGUCACGGCAACAACAAUCUCCAGGAACAAUCCAGAAGAUGUCCAAGAGAUAACAGUAUGGAAGAGAUACAGUGAUUUCCGGAAGCUACAUCAGCAUCUCUGGCAGCUGCACAAGAAUGUAAGCAGCCAGUCUGAGUUGUUUCCUCCUUUUCCUAAGGCCAAAGUUUUUGGCCGAUUUGAUAAGUCAGUGAUUGAAGAAAGAAGACAGUGCUCUGAAGAUCUCCUUCAGUUCUCUGCAAACAUUCCUGCUCUCUAUAAUAGUCAACACAUCCAAGAUUUCUUCAAGGGAGGUGAGGUCCAUGACGGCUCGGAGCUCAUUGGACCAGCUGAGCCCUUUUCUGACUUCCUGACUGACAGUUUGUCUGAUUGUAGUUCAGAUGUUCAAAAAGACCUCAGUGGUGCGGAGGAUUUGACUGUUACAUCUGAAUAUGGAGGCCCGUCUAGUGACAGCGACCUGACCUCCCUGGUGGUGGACACAGACUCUUUGGCUGAGUUGGAUGAUGGCAUGGCCUCAGGUCGAACCUCCCCAAACCAGCCACAGGGGGGAGCCACCAACAUUAGCAGCUGCAGCCCUCACUUGUCUUCCCUGCUUGAACGCAGCACCCCAUCACCUGCCCCUGUCCCUGCUUCCUCAGCCCCUAACCUAGAGGUCAGCUGGUCGGGUCGAACGUCGCUGCUCUCCAGCGGUCUGAGGAGAGCCAGCGGUGGCAGCUCUAAGGACGUAAAGUUGGACUACUUGGACAAAGCCAGCGAGCUCAUCGGUUUUGCAGUACAGAAAGAAAACGAGCAGGACUACCAGGCAGCUUUUUCAUACUAUCGCAGUGGGGUCGACUUGCUGCUGCAAGGAGUACAAGGUGAACCAAGUGCAGCUAGGCGAGAGGCAGUGAAGAAAAAGACGGCUGAAUAUCUGAUGCGAGCCGAACAAAUAUCCAGUCGUCAUCUGAGAAGCAACAUGGGUCAAGGAUCAACACAAACUGUGGCCUUGGGGGCUCAGUGCUGCUCAUCUAUGAGCAGAGGAGGGCAGCAGAGUUCAUUUGAUGAGCUGAUGGCGUACAGAGUGAUAGGGGUCGUAGAUAAGGUUCUUCUGGUCAUGGACAAGAGAACUCACGAGACGUUCAUCCUCAAAGGUCUAAGGAAGAGCAGUGACUGUGGGCAGGUGAAGAAGAACAUCAUGCCUCACUCUGUGCCCCACAUGGUGCAGCUGAGAAAGUUCAUCAUCUCUGAAGACACUGUUUUUCUUCUGCUGCAGUAUGCUGAAGGUGGAAAGUUGUGGUCUCACAUUGGGAAGUACCUUCAUAAUUCCAGCCCAGAGGAGAGCUUUGACAUUCCUUUCAUCCAGAAGAGUCACACAACAGCUGUACAUUCUCCUCAACAUGCAAUGCCACAUUUGGAUGUAGGUUCUACCAGUUUUAAUUCAAAUCCUACUGCGUCUGUGUUAGACCUACAGAAAAAAGAAGAAGAAAACCUCUUUGUGUCUUCUUUUAAACGUGCCCUCCCUCCUGGGCUCGUUGAACAAAUUGGGGCUCAGUCGGACUCUGGCGCUACCUCUGAGGAGGAGUGCACCAACAGUUAUUUGACUCUUUGCAACGAGUACGAGCAAGAAAAAGUAGAGCCGGAUGCGCUAGAGGAGGAAGACGAGAAGAGCGAGCAGGAAAUGCUCUCGUUGGAGGUGCCUACUACAACAGCAACCAUGUCUUCACGGAGCCGCUCACUUCUUAGCAAUGACAGCCUUUCUUCACCACUGAGUUCUCAGGAGCUCGGAUUCUUCGCAGAGUUUGACAAAAGUGGGCACACUCAUGACCAUGAUAAUUAUGGUGGUAAAGAAGAGCAUGACCACAGUGAAGUCUUUAGUCCUUCGCCCCCUGUGGGUCCUCUCUCUUUAGAUCAGUCUAAAUGCACUCCCAUGGAAUUUUUUCGCAUUGACAGUAAAGACAGUGCAAGUGAGGUGGCCUGCUUCGACGUAGGGGAGCACCGACCUUCUCAUAAGCAAGCCCUCCCAUUUUCUUUAUCCAGUUUGGACUCUGAUGUCACAGAGGAUCUUCCUGAGCUGGCUCAGGAGGUGAAGGGCCCAGGCUUGGAGUUUUGGGGGUUGGACAGUAGUGAUAAAGGCUCCAACGAGUCGGUGCCGGUGAUCUCAUUUAAAGAGGCAGCAGCUGAGGAUGAGGGUCAUCCACCAGAUUUGUUGGUGAAUCUCCCUGUAAUUAGCGGGACUGUAGACCCUUUACAGGAAGAAAUAAAGCCUUCAGGAGUGUGCCUGGGCCUUGAGGUGACAGACUCUUCUCAGAAGUGUAUCCAGCCGGAUGUUUUACAGCUUCAUAACCAGCCUGAGGAUCUAGAGGAGCAGCCACUGGAACGAGAGCUUUUAUCUUUCUGUACAGCCUCUGCAACUUGUGACACUAGUGCUGCAACUGCUUCGUUCAAUUCACUGUGGGACGACAGCUUGGGGAUUGAACAGGAGGAGGCUUCUUCCAAAGUUUUUGAUCGCCCAGAAGGCCUAAACAGUGAUCUUCCCCCUGACACGGACAUUAUGAAUGCUGACUCGGGUAACAGCGAGAAACUAAAGCACUGCACAGGAAUCAACACAGACUCGAUUCCAAAUCUCAGCGACAACGCCACGCCCUCUGUAGAUGGGGCUCAGACGAGUGCAAUCGUUGAGUGCUCCUUAGGUCUCAAUGGUGAAUCAACAGGAGAUAUUAUUAGUACAGGUGGCAGCGAAUUUGAUAAAAAAGUGUCGCGGCUGUUUGCGGAGCUGGACGAGCUGUCGCUGGCUGCCUCCCAAGCUCGUAUCCCGGAGGAGUUUGUUCGAUGCUGGGCAGUAGAGAUGGUGACAGCCUUGGAUCGUCUCCACCAAGAGGGCAUCAUCUGCCGGGAUCUGAAUCCUAAUAACAUCCUGCUUGACCACCAAGGUCACAUUCAGCUCACGUUCUUCUGUAGCUGGUAUGAUGUGGAGGAGUCCUGCAGCAAAGACGCAAUUACCAAUAUGUACUGUGCACCAGAAGUGGGAGGUAUCAGUGAGGAGACGGCGUCGUGCGAUUGGUGGAGUUUGGGCGCCAUCCUGUUUGAGCUCCUGACCAGCACAUCCCUAGCUCGCUGCCAUCCAGCAGGAAUCGACCGCCACACGGCUCUCAGCAUCCCAGAGUCUGUUUCAGAGGAGGCCAGGUCUCUGCUGGAGCAGCUACUCCAGUACAACCCAAUGGAGAGGCUGGGGGCGGGCGCCGGAGGGGUCGACGAUAUAAAAUCCCACCCCUUCUUCACAAAAGUGGAAUGGCCCAAAUAGAUGGAGCGAUCAUGGAACCGGGAAAAAACCAGAGUUCCAUGCUGGAUAAACUGGACAGGCUCCCCUGCAGCUGGACGUUCAAAUGCAUGCACAGUAACAUCAGGUUAUGCAUUUUCCUCGUAGCGCUUUAGAAUUUCAGACCAAGUUUAACGAGGAGCAGUGCUCGUGUUUGUGCAGGGAACACUU